AUGAUAGGGGAAUCGGUGGCAGAACGCAGGAAGAAGGUGUUCGUCGGAGAGCUGCCUGACGACUUUCUGCGCCUCACUCUGCCGUCAUCGUCUGGAGCCUCUGCUGAUGUCGAUGGAAGACCGAUAGUGGUCCAGUUUGCUCAGCCGCAGCCGCUUUCAUUCGUGCCUCCAAAUACACGCGGACGCAUUCAAGUCACGAUCAUGGAGGCGAAUCUUGUAAAAAAUUAUGGCCUGGUUCGCAUGGAUCCAUACUGCAGAGUACGCGUUGGAAACUCGACGUUCGAAACACCGACCAAAAUCAGCGCAGGACGUCAACCGGUGUGGAAUCGUGUUGUUCACGCCUAUCUGCCCAACAACGUGGAAAGCAUUUACGUGCAGAUUUUUGACGAGAAGGCCUUUUCCCAAGAUGAAUGUGUCGCCUGGGCUCACGUGAUGCUGCCUUGCGGCAUUUUUGCGAAUGAAACGAUCGAAGAUUGGUUCCCGCUAUCCGGGCAGCAGGGCGAGGGCCAAGAGGGCAUGAUCCACCUUUCAUUCUCCUUCCAUCCGCUUCAAAAUCCGGCCGUUCAGGAACCGCAGCCACGGUUCCAACCAGUGGUCAUCAAAGACGAAGACAUAAAAGAACUCAAGGAGAUGUUCGCCACGGUCGAUGAGGAAGUCAUCAGAAGCAUCCUUGAGCAGCAUCACGGCGACAAGAACGGGGCUUGCAAUGCGCUUCUGGAAAUGAUGAGC